GAUCUGUUGACAUGAUCAGCAAAUGGACAUGACUGGUUACUGAUUAGAUGAGAUUAUAACACUGAAUGAUAAGGCUUUACCUGUGAGCAAAGUCCCAUAGACAUCCUUCCAUUCUGAGAGACGCAAGCUACAACACAGGGCAACAUGAGCGCAGAGAAGAAAGCGGGACGAGAGCCAUGCUGCUCCAAAUUGAAGAUGUUUCUGGCCGCCAUGUCCUUUGUGUUCUUUGCCAAAGCGUUUCAAGGCAGCUACAUGAAGAGCUCCAUCACACAGAUCGAGAGACGCUUUGACAUUCCCAGCUCACUGAUAGGUGUCAUUGAUGGAAGCUUUGAAAUUGGUUGUCUGCUGGUAAUAGCUUUUGUGAGUUAUUUUGGUGCUAAGCUUCACAGACCACGACUAAUAGGAGCUGGAUGUUUAGUCAUGGCUCUGGGAUCCUUCAUUACCGCAAUGCCACAUUUCUUCCAGGCACACUACAAAUAUGAGACGACAAUUUCUCAAUCCUCUGACUCUAACGGGACAGAGAGUAUUCUACCAUGCGCAGUCAAUGCAGAUAAUGAACAUUUCACUGAGGAAAGUCGAGCAGAGUGUGAGAAAGCAGCCGGUUCGUCCAUGUGGAUCUAUGUGUUCCUCGGGAACAUGCUCCGUGGGAUUGGAGAGACGCCCGUCAUGCCUCUUGGAUUGUCUUACCUGGAUGACUUUUCGAGAGAAGAAAACACUGCAUUCUAUCUGGCUUGCAUACAGACUAUGGGAAUUCUGGGGCCCAUGUUUGGAUUCAUGCUGGGAUCUUUCUGUGCUAAACUCUAUGUGGACAUUGGAGCCGUGGACUUAGAUAAAAUCACCAUCAACCACAAAGACUCACGUUGGGUUGGCGCCUGGUGGCUGGGCUUUUUGAUAACUGGUGUGGUGAUGUUAUUGGCAGGGAUACCAUUUUGGUUUCUUCCGAAGUCACUUCCUAAGCAGGGUGAGACUAAAACAGAAACAAAUUCUAAAUCUCAAGAAGGCGAGCAGGACAGUUUCAUUCCCGAAAGCAACAAAAAUGGCGCGCCACCCAACACACCGGCUCCGGUCAGCAUGGGGGCUCUUGCCAAAGACUUUCUGCCAUCAUUGAAGAAACUAUUCAGCAACACGAUUUACCUGCUCCUCAUAUGCACCUCUUUCAUUCAAGUCAACGGCUUUAUAGGAAUGAUCACAUUCAAGCCAAAGUUCAUGGAGCAAACCUAUGGCCAGUCAGCAUCAAGGGCCAUCUUUUUGAUAGGUAUUAUGAAUCUACCCGCUGUGGCUUUGGGAAUCAUCUCUGGAGGCUUUAUAAUGAAGAGGUUCAAACUGAAUGUUUUUGGUGCAGCCAAGAUCUCCAUCAGUGCUUCUGUUUUGGCUUUCUGUUCGCUGCUCGUACAGUAUUUCCUGCAGUGCGAUAACUCACAAGUGGCUGGACUUACAGUAUCAUAUCAGGGUGCUCCAGAGGUGUCAUACCAGCUGAAUUCUCUGAUAUCUCAGUGUAACGUGGGCUGCUCCUGCUCUCUCAAGCACUGGGAUCCCAUAUGUGCCACUAAUGGCCUGACAUAUGCCACCCCCUGCCUCGGUGGCUGCCAGACCUCCACAGGGGUUGGCAGGGACAUGGUUUUCCACAACUGCACCUGUGUUGGCCAGUCCCCUCUCUCCUAUGCAAACAUGUCGGCAGUGCUGGGACAGUGCCCUCGCAAAGGCGACUGUGACUACAUGUUUAAGUUCUAUAUGGGGGUGACAGUUAUUGGCGCUUUUGUCUCAGCUUUUGGGGCCACACCAAGUUACAUUAUUCUGCUCAGAUCCAUAACACCAGAACUGAAGUCUUUGGCUCUUGGUAUGCAGACUUUGAUAGUACGGACUCUCGGUGGCAUCCCGCCUCCCAUUUAUUUUGGAGCCUUGAUUGACAGGACAUGUCUGAAAUGGGGCAUGAAACGGUGUGGUGGUAAAGGGGCGUGUCGUAUUUAUGACUCUGGCGCCUUCAGAAAUACUUUCCUGGGUCUUAUUUAUGGCCUAUAUUCUCUGUCCUUCCUGCUCUGGGGAAUCCUGUACAACAGACUGUCUCACCGUGAGAAGAAACUCACUCUGAAGGAACAAUUAAAAGCCCCCGAUCAAGAUGGCAAUGGUGCAGCAGCUAAUGGUAAUGGGAACGCUCCUUCAGCAAUUGUAAAAUGCAAAGAAGAUCCCGACCAGGAGACCACUAUCUGAAGUUACAAGUCAAAGAUGUGUUACGUACCAAAGAAACUGCAUUUCAAGCUGUAAUUCACAUCUUGAUGUGAAAUGUUAAGAUAUUGGUCAUGAAAUUGUGUUAACUUGUACAUUUUUUGAUAAACAUUUAUGAGAUACUAGACAAAGACAAGUAUUAGAUGCAGGUUUUGAACUUUUACAGACUUGCAAGUAAAAUACACAUGUAUAGUUAUUACCCCCCACACAUAAAACAUAUAUAACACAUAUAUAAAAUGAGACAAAAAUAGCCAUUGAGAAUUUUUGCAGUGAACGAAUUAUGCGUGAAAGGGGUUAUGCAAAUAUUAUAAUGGCAUUCAAAACCGUUUUUACAUAGAAUCACUGUUAUAGUGUCAGGUCACUGAGUUCACUGUUUACUAUCUGUGGUUUGAUUAUACCAUUAAGGUGGCAAAUAUCAUCAUUCUUUGUCAUUUUUAUAUGUAUAUUGCAUUGUUUUGUAAAACCAAAAGAAUUUCUGUAUUGGAUCAAAUCUUGCGUGUGUGGCUGUAAAUAAUGAACAAUAUGUUACUGAGCAUUGGAGUCUUUGGUAACAUUGCUUAUGAACUGAUUCAUUUGUCAUUAUGUACUUUACACUACGUAUAAGUCCCAAGAAGUAAACUUGUGUAAA